AGUAAUGGCAGGGCAUCAGUGGCAGUGCAAGAAAAGAGGGAGAGAGUUUUCAUCGGGAAGGUAAAGCCCUUUCCUCUGUAUCUUCUUGCCUCAAAACACACCAAAUAUCAUCAUCUACCACCGCACGCUCCCUCUCUCCUCACCAAGACAAAGACAAAGACAAAAGACAGAGAUAAAGAGUAGUAAUUAAUGCAGAGCAGUGUUCAAUAAUCAGAAAGUUAUAAGAACACUCAUUUUCCAAAGGAAACCCUGGUGAGCAGGGUCAGCCAGGCUUUGGCAGACCAAAAAAAAUACCAAGAGAGUAAAACCCACAAACCCACCCCCCCAAAUCCAUCUGACUACACACACUCUUCACUACUUGUCUUGUAUUACACUAUUUAGGAUUUCCUGUAAAAAGCCUGAUUCUUGUGGCAUAAAUCUCGGGAGAGCACUCACUGGUGUUUAUUUACGCCUUUAUUUAUAGCAAAAUUGAUUGAUUGCGUAUAGUAUAAGAGAGAGAAGAGAAAGAAAUGCCAAAUAUAAGAAGAUAGUGAGAGAGAGAGAAAGAUAAUGGAGGGUGGUUCGAGUAGCACUUCUUCUUGUAUGGCACCUUUUGGACACAACAACAACACCAGUACGAAUGGAGUUGGAGUUGGAGGAGGAGGAAUAUCUCCAUUCAUGAUGAUGCCUCUCAUGACUACUUCACAUCAUCUCAAUCAUCAUCAGCAUCAGCAACAUCAACAUCCAGACUCAAAUACCCUAUUUUUUCCUCUUCUUCCUUCCACCAACAAUCAUCAAGAGAUCAGUUACUUCAUGGAGAACAACAACAUCAACAGUGACACUGAUUCUUCAGUGAGGGCUAAGAUUAUGGCUCAUCCUCACUACCACCGCCUCUUGAAUGCCUAUGUUAAUUGUCAAAAGGUUGGAGCACCACCUGAAGUGGUAGCAAGACUAGAAGAAGCUUGUGCAUCUGCAGCGGCGGUAGGUCCAACCGUUACUGGAUGUAUCGGUGAAGAUCCAGGUCUUGAUCAGUUCAUGGAGGCUUAUUGUGAGAUGCUGACCAAGUAUGAGCAAGAACUCACUAAACCUUACAAGGAAGCCAUGCUUUUCCUUCAAAGGGUGGAGUGCCAAUUCAAAGCCCUCUCACUUUCCUCUUCUACUUCUGCUGCUGCUUCUGGAGAGGCACUUGAGAGGAGCGGAUCUUUGGAAGAAGAGGUGGAUGUGAACAACAGCUUCAUAGAUGCCCAAGCAGAUGAGCGUCAAUUGAAAGGCCAACUUUUGCGGAGGUACAGUGGAUAUUUAGGUAGCCUAAAGCAGGAGUUCAUGAAGAAAAGGAAGAAAGGGAAGCUGCCUAAAGAAGCCCGGCAACAGUUACUGGAUUGGUGGAGCAGACAUUACAAAUGGCCUUAUCCAUCGGAGUCACAGAAACUAGCCCUAGCGGAGGCAACGGGGCUGGAUCAGAAGCAAAUAAACAACUGGUUUAUUAAUCAAAGGAAACGGCACUGGAAGCCUUCAGAGGAUAUGCAGUUUGUGGUGAUGGAUCCAACCCAUCCUCACUACAAUUACAUGGACAAUGUUUUAGGCAACCCAUUUCCCAUGGAUAUCUCUCCCACUCUACUUUGAACAUCAAUAUAUAUAUAUAUAUAUAUAUAUGCUACUGUGCCUUUAUAGAUCCCCAUAUGUAUUAUUUGACAACUAUAUGUGAUGUUGUCAUUUAUACUUAAUUGUAUCUAGUGCGGAGGCUAUAUCUAUUUGAUGUGUAAUCAGAUUGAUGAUGAAAUUAGUUAGUUGUUCCUUUUAAAAA